AUGGAGUCCGGCCCGGUGUCAAAUGUGACAUUUGGCGGGGUGAACUAUGGUCCACAAAUCGGAAUCAGCAAUGCGCCAGUGAAUUUCAAUAGUGCUGCAUUCGAUUCAUUUGAAAAUCAACAUGAAGAUACAUGUCUCCCAGGUACACGAACUGAUAUUCUCCGCCGAAUCGAAGAAUGGGCUUUCUCAUCAGAGGAAAAAUGCAUAUUUUGGUUGAAUGGAAUGGCGGGGACCGGGAAAUCAACUAUUUCUCGAACUGUCGCAAGUUCCUUUAACAGCAGAAACGCACUAGGAGCUAGCUUCUUCUUCAAAAGAGGUGAAGAAGAUCGUGCUAGAGCUCUCAAGCUUUUUCCAACCAUUGCAAGACAACUAUCAAGGAGCAUACGCCCACUGCUUCCUUGUAUCGAGCGAGCAAUUCAGAAUGACCCAGCCAUUGCGACAAAAGCGAUCAAGGAGCAAUUUGAUAAACUUUUGCUUCAGCCACUUCUUGCGGUCAAGCUGGCUGACAGCUCUCCAAUUCCAACAGUGGUUAUAGUUAUUGAUGCAUUGGAUGAAUGUGAAGGAGAUAAUGAUAUACGACUCAUACUCCAGCUCCUACCACAGCUCCGGAUGUUGAGUUCAGUACGUAUACGACUGUUCUUGACUAGCAGACCGGAGGAGAUCAUAAAACAUGAUAUUUCUCUGUUUUUGGAUCACCGGAUUUCGGAACUCAAGGAGGAACUUGAAGAUUCUCUCCCUCUUCCUGAGGAGUGGCCUGGGGAAACAGACUUUCAGCGCUUGGUAUCAAUAUCUCUCCCACUCUUCAUUUUUGCCGCUACAAUUUGUCGAAUCUUCAAGGAUCCUUCUUGGGAUCCAAUUGAUAGUCUUGCUGAAAUUCUUCUCCGUGGCAACACAUCCAAUAUCCGGGGUAUGGAUUUGAUCUACCUUCCUGUGCUCGACCGACUUCUCCGCAGAAAUGCACAGGAUGUCAAGCAGAAAACUCAACUUGUUCAGGAAUUCCAGCAAAUUGUUGGAUCAAUCGUGCUACUAGAGAGUCCACUCUCUGUUGCCUCGCUAUCCAAGCUACUAGGGCUGCCAGAAAGGAUUAUUCAGCUAAGACUUAGCCUUUUACAUUCAGUUCUAAUUGUACCGAAGAAUGACAGUACUCUACCUGUCCGCACCUUCCACCUGUCAUUUCGAGAUUUUCUUCUCGAUAUAGAAACCCGGGACAAAACACACUUCUGGGUAGACCAAAAGGCAGUACACUAUAAGCUGACUACUCAGUGUCUGCUUUUGUGUCAAAACCUGCGAAAGAAUAUAUGUGCAUUGACCAAUGAAGGAGUCCAACGUGAAGAGGUUGAUCGCCAGACCAUCGAUCAUCAUCUUCCCCCGGAAUUACAAUACUCUUGUCGAUAUUGGAUAUAUCAUCUAUCAGAAUGCACUACCCCAAGUGACAUGAUCCCAGAUGCCCUUUCGUUUCUUCAAACCCAUUUUCUACAUUGGGUUGAAGCAAUGAGUCUCUUAGGCCUAAUAUUUGAAGUUCUAGGGAUGCUAAAUCGUCUCCAGAAAGCUACCGUGGUCGAAGACUCUUCGCCAAUGUCUGAAUUUCUUCGAGAUGCCAAGCGCUUUAUUCUCAAGAAUCAUCAAAUUGCCGAUCAAGCACCUCUUCAAAUUUAUUGUGCAGGGCUCAUAUUUGCACCCCAAACAUCAAUAGUCCGCACAACCUUUGAAGCAGAUAUUCCUCCCUGGAUAAAUCAACUACCACGAGUUGAGAAUGAGUGGAACGCAGAGUUGCAAGUCCUGGAGGGCCAUUCCGAUUCGGUUACCUCGGUAGCUUUCUCACCAGAUGGUCAGUUGCUGGCAUCGGCCUCUGGAGAUAAAACCGUGCAGCUUUGGGACAUUUCUACAGGGGCACUUAAGCAGACCCUUGAUGAUAGCGGAGCCUUGAUUUGGUCAAUUGCAUUCUCACCAGAUGGAAAGCUUCUAGCGGCUGGCUCUACUUAUAAGAAGGUGCACAUUUGGAGUACAGCGACAGGCAUAUGUCAGCAGGUACUUGAAGGCUAUGUAGGCUCAGUUCAUUCAGUAGCCUUCUCACCUGACAGCCGGUUACUAGUAUCUGCCUCUGAUUAUUCUUCCUCGGUAGAAAUAUGGGAUGUUGCUACAGGUUUGCUCCAUAAGCGCCUUGAUGGCCAUUCAGAUUGGGUUCGGUCUGUUAUCUUCAUACCCAAUGGUCAACUAGCAUCUGGUGCUAGAGACCGGACUGUACAAAUCUGGGACAUAUCAACAGGCACAGUCAAGCAGACUCUUGAAGGUCAUGGAGACUCAGUAAAUUUGGUAGCUAUCUCACCUGACGGUUCACUACUGGCGGCUGGAUCAGGAAAUGGCGAUAGGCUCGUAUACAUCUGGAAACUAGCCACUGGCUCGCUCCAAAAGACUCUUAAGGGCCAUGAAGGUGCAGUCAAUUCUGUGGCCUUCUCACCAGAUGGUCGGCUGCUGGCAUCUGGAUCCUGGGACUCGACUAUCAGGCUUUGGGAUACAGUGACAGGGAGUUUGCAGCAGACUUUGAGUCACUCAGGUGAGGUUACUUCAGUGAUAUUCUCACCUAAAAGCCAGAUCCUAGCAUCUGCUUCCAAGGACAAGACAGUCCGCCUCUGGGAUACUACGAUUAAUUCUCCUCGGACCCUUCAACGUCAUUCAAAUGAGGUUUCCUGUGUGGCUCUCUCGCCGGAUUGCCAGCUGCUGGUGUCAGGCUCUGAGGACUAUACAGUGGGAAUCUGGGAUGUAGAAACAGGUUCGCUGGAGAAAAUUCUCGAGGGGCAUCGGAGGGAAAUUACCUUGGUUCUAUUCUCAUCAGACAGCCAGAUGCUAUUAACCUCUGCCAUGAAUCAAACUAUACACCUGUGGGAUAUGAGAGCAGGUGUACGCCAACAGGUUCUUCCAAACUAUGCAGGCGCAGCUCGUUCGGUGUCCUUCUCGCCCAACAGUCAGUUAAUUGCAUUUGGCGCAUUGGGUAAUACCGUACGCCUUUGGGAUACAACUUCAGAAUCAUCUGAACAAAUCCUUGAGGGCCAUUUCGAUGACAUUUUAUUCACGACUUUCUCUCCGGACAGUCGACUCCUAGCUUCUACUUCCGACGAUGCAGCAGUGUAUCUGUGGGAUGUAGCAACGGGUGAUCUCAUCCAUGCCCUCGAAGGUCAUGAAGAGUGGGUCAUUUCUGUGGCUUUCUCUCCAGAUGGACGGAUAGUAGCAUCAGCCUCCGGAGACGGAACAGUUCGUCUCUGGGACACGGUGACCGGUGGACUCCAGCAUGUUUUUGAACACUCAAGCACAGUUAAAUCUGUGGUCUUUUACUCGCUAGACAGGAGCCUACUAGCGUCUGCGACUAAUGAUUACAUCGUGUGCCUUUGGGAUACAAUAACUGGCGUGGUUCGGCAGACACUACAGUUUACCGAGCCUAUCAGUUCCCUCCAGUUUAGACCAGAUGGUUCUUACCUAGCCACGAGCUUGGGAUCACUUCGCUUUUCGUCUGAUGGAGACCAUCAUACCAUCCCAGAGAUUCUCAUCGAGCAAGGGCAGUGGAUAAAACUGAACGGGCAAAGAAUGCUUUGGCUUCCUCUCGAGGCUCGGUCGGCGUCUUGCUCAGUGAGAAAUGAUUUAUUGGCCAUAGGACAUUCGUCCGGACGUGUUUCUAUAAUGAAAUUCUCAAAUCCAUAA